GCAACAUCAACAAUGGCGGACAGUUUGUAGAUUUCGAUAUUUGUUACAAAAUCGGUGAUAAAUCGACCAUUUCUGACUCAUCUUUUGACUUAUAUACAUUUGAACUGGUAAAAGUUGGGAAGUUGUAGAUUAUCAAAUUUAUGUCUGGAUCAGCCUUGAUGACAAGAAGAGAGAAUGAAGCUACGUUCUGGUCAUAGAUGGAGUGGUGACUCCAGCAGCAUGGCAACAUCAGAUGAAGCCAGAGUCGCCAGUAGUAUCGAGGGUGAAAACUAUGCAAAUGAAUUGAGAGUAAAUGGCAUGAUGCCAAAACCAAAGAUUAAUCCCAUUAGUAGUGGUGAUGGCGAUGGAGAUAAACAACAACGACAGUUGUCCGACCGAUCCAUUCUAAUGAUCACGCAUUUCAAUGUGUUCCUUUAUGCGUUAUUCUUCUGGAUACAGAAUGGUAUCAUGCCAUUUCUGACCAAAAAGUUGGGUGUGAAUACUGUGAUGUACGGAUAUCUUCAGACAACAUUUGCUACCGUCCAGCUACUUGGUGGGCCAGUUUUUGGCAGAUUUGGGGACAUUUAUGGCAGCAAGUAUGCCCUGAUGUUGGCGUUCAGCUCGGCAACAAUGACCUAUGGAAUUCUUGCACUCGCUAAUAGUGUCGAAGUUCUAUUCCUAUCUCGAAUUUUCUCAGUAUUUCUCCAUGUUAUGCAAGGUGGCCUGAUGAUUGUAACAGACCUCUCUGACUCGUCAAACCGAGCAGAUUCCAUCGCUAAACUUGGGGUCAGUUAUGGACUUGGUUUCACAGUGGGGCCAUCUAUUGGUGGAUUGAUUGCAAGCCACUACAGUGAACAAACUGCUGCAUUCAUCUCCUUCCUUGGAUCCCUUGGCAGCAUCGUGAUGAUCUUCUUCACAUUCCCGACAAAAACCAAGCAACACGAUGCACCACUUUCUGAAGCGGAAGCCAUAUCCAAUCGCAGUGUGUUCAGUAUGUUUGAGAUUCUCUCGUUACUUAAGAAGCCUGGAGCCCCAUUGCUGCUCAUGAUCAAGUUAAUCACAGGUCUCCCAGCUGGAAUAUUCCAGAGUAUGUUUGCAGUGGUUGCCAUGGAGAAGUUCCAGUUGACGCCAGCUACAAAUGGUUACAUUAUGUCUUAUGUUGGCAUUGUUGGUUUGAUUAUGCAGGGUUUUGGUGUUGGAUUCUUGAAUAAGAGAUUUGGAGAACAAACCAUGAUUAAAAUAGGAAUAUUCAUCACCAUGUGUGCAUAUCUAAUGCUGUGUUAUGUUGAGAACAUCUGGCAGUUGGCUAUCGUCCUGUUUCCGCUGGUUGUUGGUAUGACCAUCAAGACGGUCAUCAUCAGUAGCUCUCUCACAAAAACAGUCAGCGAUGCAGAUACGGGUACAAUGCUGGGCAUGAAUAUGGCAGUCAACUCGCUCAUCCGCAGUUUCUCCCCAACGGUUGGUGGCAUCUUGAUCAGUUAUUACGGCUGGAUCGUGAUGGGAUACUUUGGAUUCAUCUGCUGUGCUUUGACAGCAGUGUAUCUAUGGCUACAUAGACGAUAGGAUACUCAAACAAGAGACUGAGUUUCGAAAAUUGGAGUCCAUUUUGCAUAAAGAUGUGUACAGGUGUGGGGGGAUUGAAAAGACGAUUUGAACAUCUGAAAAACAGGAAAGUGUCUUACGAUCGAAAUAAGUCAGCAGCCACUAAAGUUGACACAUUCUGACUGGUGAUUGUAGAGACCAAGAUCGAUUUCAUGAACUGCAUAAUCUGCCCAGUUUGAGAGGUUUCUGUUGUGGCUUUACUUGUCCCCAAGUCAUGAUCAUGUGGCUUGGUCACAUGAUCAUGUGGCUUGGUCACAUGAUCAUGUGGCUUGGUCACAUGUACCUUCAAUUUCAAGACUUCUGAUGAUGUUUGAGGUGAUUGUCUUCUUGGCUUGUACGGGUUGUGCUGGUUUCAUAAUGAUGGUGUACUACUUGGAAAAUCUAUUUUGCAGAUGGAAGCACUUAUCAAAGCAUUCAAUGGUAAACAAAUUUAUCCAGCAAAUUUCACCUUAUUUUCAUAGGUAUUUCCCAAUUUUCAAACCUGUGGUACGUUUUAUUGUAUGUGUGACCAGCCUGAGGCAAAUGAGGCUUAUUUUCAGAUUGUCAGUUAGAGGACUCUACUUUGACUGGAUGACAUUUUUUAAUCCAACACGAAUAUGCAAGGCUCUACUAUUUAAUUGUUCAGGAUAUUUUACAAAUCUUUAAUCUUUCAAUUGUUUCUGAUGCAAUAUGUUGUCUGCUAACAAGAUUUCAUGUUACUGAAUACUGUCCGUUACCUUUAAUAAAUUUUAUGUAUCAUUGAA